AUGACCAUCGUGAGCGGGAAGGUCCAGGAUCCCGCUAGCGGCAGCGCAGCUUUUGGCGGGGCGCUCACGCCUCACUGGCACCGCACGGGGCCAACCAACUAUCCAAAGCCACACAACGCGCCGGGUACCCCAGCUUUCCACUCCUUCUCACGGUCCUCCGCCACCGCCCUCUGCUCACGGCCCAGGCCGAAGGAGGAUGGGCGCGCAUAGACGCGCAUCUUCAACCGGGGGGACGAUGAGGGAGGAGAAGAGGUGUGAUUCCGUCACCACGGUCCACGUGCCGCCAGCCUACCUCGACGUCGACUUGCAUUCCACUGUGCGACUGAAACCACUUGUUUGUGGCUGCUAUCCAACCAAGCUACUUGUACCGCGGCAGUAUCUCCGCCCGAAUCAUCUCGUCCAACGUCCCAAACCUCGC